AUGAGUGCGCAGAUUGGAGCCAUCAACUCCGUGAAUGCGCUCAUCUCAAAGGUCUUUCAACAGCCCAAAGGAGAUUUAGCGGAUCGGUUGAACAGUAGAAUCACAGUAUGUAUUCUCUCUGUAUCUGCAGGUCUUCUACUUUCUGCCCAUUUUAUGGGUGAACCUAUCAACUGCUGGACACCGGCACAAUUCACCAAAGAUUGGUCAACUUUUGUGAAUCAAUACUGCUAUGUUCACGGAACUUACUUUGUACCUUUGGAUCAGGAGUUAUCUUUUGAUGAAGAAGCACGACAACGAAUCAAGAUCACCUAUUACCAAUGGGUUCCUUACAUCUUAGCUCUCCAAGCUUUCCUUUUCUACAUUCCUCGCUUUAUUUGGAAAACAAUGAUGAGUGGAAGUGGUUAUGAUUUGGCUGGAGCUAUUCGAUACGUUGACCAAUUCUGGAGCUCUAUAAGGAACACUGGAGAUGGGUUCAAAUACCGUAUUGCCCUGUUUGAAUCACAACCUUCAUUGUACAUCUGGGAUGGCUUGAGAUUGGCUCGUAAAAAGAACAGCGAAGAUAUGGCUCUUUAUUACAUAGUUUCGACAGUCUUGCAGAGUUUGAAUGCAUGGAUUCAGUGGUUCUGGCUCAACAGCUUGCUCAACUCUCCUCUUUAUUCAUUCUGGGGACCAUCUGUAAUCUCUGAUCUAAUUUCGGGACAAGACUGGCAGACCACCGGUCAUUUCCCUCGUAUUACCCACUGCGACUUCAAUCGUCGUCGACCUGCCGGCGUACAGCAAGAUACAGUACUAUGCGUACUUACGAUGAAUAUUUAUUACGAAAAACUUUUCCUUUUCUUAUGGUUCUGGCUACUGUUCGUAGCUGUGAUUUCCACUUCCAACAGUCUUUACUGGGUUAUGUGCUUAUGUAAUCCAAGAAAGAUGAGAGGAACUGUCGACAACUAUCUGCAAUUGGAUGGCCGAAGCAAGACGACAAGAGAACAUUUCUACAAAGUUUUGGGCAAGGAUGGUCUCUUCGUUUUACAUCAAAUAACUUUGAAUCUUGGUGAUAUCCCUACAAGUUAUCUGACCAUCGCCAUGAGAAACUGUUGUCCUGACAUGAUCGAGAACUCUGUUGAUUGCGAAAAGCAGACUCUUCUGCCAACCGAGAAGGCUUAA